UUUGUACGAAAGCAAGUAAUCAUAUAUUUGAGAUAAGAAUCAAUCAACCACACCUCACCAGUCACUGCACACACAUCCAGUUGUGAGAGAAAGGGAAAUGGAGCUCAAAGUGUAUGGACAUCGAGUAUCUCAGCCAACGCGCGCUGUUAUGAUCUUCUGCAAGGCUAAUAGUAUAGAGUUUGAGGAGGUGACGGUUGACAUAUCCAAGGGACAGCAGAAGUCUCCUGAAUUCAAAGAGAUAAAUCCUAUGGGGCAAGUCCCAGCUAUCAUUCAUGGAGAUCUUAAGCUUUUUGAGAGCCAUGCAAUCCUUAUAUAUCUUGCCUCUGCAUUUCCUGGAGUUGCAGAUCAUUGGUAUCCAACUGAUCUUGUCAAGAGAGCCAAGAUUCAUUCUGUUUUGGACUGGCAUCACUCAAAUUUACGCCGUGGCACAGUUAACUAUGUUUUUAAUUCAAGACUGGCGCCUAUAUUUGGCCUGCCCCUGAACCUACAGGCAGCAGCUGAAGAUGAGAAAAUUUUGAUUUCAUCUCUGUCAACAAUAGAGUCCUUUUGGCUCCAGGAUAGUGGGAUGUUCUUGCUUGGGGCAAAUCAACCAUCAAUAGCAGAUCUCAGCCUUGUCUGUGAAAUUAUGCAACUCGAGCUACUGGAUGAGAAUGAACGCAAUCGUCUUCUGGGCCCAUGCAAGAAAGUUCAACAGUGGAUUGAGAAUUCAAAAAAUGCAAUAAAACCUCAAUUUGAUGAAGUGCAUGAUGCUGUUUAUCAGUUAAGCGCAACACUGAGGAAGAAAUAGUCAACCAGAGAGAAGUAUGAGGUUUAGUCUCACAUAAAGACUGAUGCUUGCAAUAAAGAGUAAUGGGUAUGUUAAGGAUUUGGAACUUGUUCUCUGCGAAUAUGAAUGAUGUCGUAUGUGUGUUUCAAAAAAUCCAAACAAUACUUCUGGGUAUGGUCAAAAGAAGAGAACCUGGUUGAGUAAACAGAUGUAUUAUGACAGAGUGUCAUAUAUGUUCAUAUGCUAUCGUUGAUCUCA